CGGUUCGUCCUGGAUAAUCGUCAUAAACGCGCCUAGUGAACGUUCCUUGGCAACGUUUCAUCGAGAAACCGGUCAGUUUCUUCGAGCUUCGACUGCCAGUUUCAAGCCACGCUUCACAGCCGGUCGAAAUCAUCAUGACUAUGUAACGACCUGUUAAGGGAUAUUGAAUUAUUGAUGAUCUCAUGAAUUGUCAUUGCUCCAACCAUGAGUUAUUAUUAAUCGCUCGAGAUCGAUAAGAAGACAUAUAUUUAUCGAGAACAUCCAACAGUGAACGUCCAUAAUGGCUUUGGCAAAGAUCAAGAGUUUUAUAGACACGGGGCUGAAGACCGUGUCCACGCCGUUGGAUCGCACGGUGAAUCUGGAACCGGAAGUGGGCAUUAGGAUCGUUCAUUCGAUCAACGAGAAAGCGCUGCAUGUGACGGUACUGGGAGCUCGUCACUUGCCACAGAAUUUUGGCUUCACACGCGUCAACAGCUACGUAGUCAAGGUGAAGCUAAUACCGGGAAAGGAGAAGUUCGAGACAACGUCGAAGAACGAGUCGUGGCCGCAAUGGAACGAGGAAUUCACGUUUCUUCUACGCAAAGAGACGAAACAGAAAUUUGGUAAAACAAAAGUGGUAGAAGAAGAAAUCAGUGGAUCCAGAUUCAUCGUGGCGACUUUGUACGCGGUUCUCGAGGACAAACCAUUGAUAGCGACUGAGAAGAAGGAAGAGAAGACCUCGUCUUCUACUAAAGACUCUUCAAAAAAGGGGAACAAGAAAAAAGAUGGUCAGGGUGCCUCUUCGGAGAAUCAGGAGCCAACGAAGAAUAAAUUACUCAGUCAGUUGUUUCAUAAGGGAUCGGAUAAAUCUGCGGACAGUACAACCACGGAAAGGAAACUGUUUGAUAAGAGACGAACUGUAGGCGCCACGACGAUUUCCCUGGAUCCGAAAAACUUCACCUCGAAGCCACACAAAGCAAAACACCCAAGUGAUGUGUCGACUGGAGAUAUGUGGAGGCCAUUGCGACCAAUUGCUAGUGGCAUUUCUGGAGCUGAAGAGAGGAAGGAAAAUAAGAAAGGCCAAGUGGAGUUGUCAUUGUGUCAAGAAAAGACGGACAAGAAUGAAGAGGGUAGCGAAAAACUGACGCUAUCUCUGCAUCGUCUGAGAUGUUCGUUACAGACGAUGCACGAGCAUGAAGCCUUGAAAGGACAGAUGUAUAUCAAGAUGUCUGUUGUAGACAACGGUAGAGUGACUCAUUUCUGGAAAAGCGAUCGUUUCGCACCUUGCGUGUCUAUGAAAUUCGCGCCAGACUCGGCAAAAGUGAUCGCGGAUAAUCCGUAUCAGGGAGCACUGAAGGAUGUUAGCUUCGUUGUUAAAUUCGUCUCGAAAAAUAAAUUAGGAAAGAAAACGACUGUUGGUCAUUUUGUAAUAGGACCAGAUGUUGGUGGAACCUAUGGUGAACAGUGGAAACAGGCUCUAGCGAAAUCGGGACAACAGAUAAUGAAAUGGCAGGCAUUCGAAUGAGAACGCGAAUAGAUCAAUAAACUUCAACGUCUAUUCAGUUUUCCUUCGAGUAUAAACCUACUUUCGAUUCGCGCGAAUGUUAUGAAUAUCUAAGCGCACGGUCGAUAGUGUCGUUCCAAAGAAUACUUAUGUUAGGCGAACAUCUGUGAAUAUGAAAGGCAUUCAUAUUGUAAAUUAUUUCUUUCUUGAAAUUUACUUUUAUUCCGCUUUCUUUAUUUUCUUCAUUCUUUGUAAGACAACUUGCACAAAAGUAUUUUAUCGAUUUGAUUGUACAUAUCGAUUGUUUUAUACAACCGUCCUCGAUUCCAAGACAGAUUUGUGAAAGUUUCUGCCGAGGAUCGGAAUAAUAGAACCGUCCAAUAAAUAAGUGGUUACCACCGUUGAAUAGAAACGAAUACGAAAUUCAUCGAAUCCUAAUAGUGAAAGGAAGAAAUGAAGAUAUACGGUAAAUUUUGUGCCAGAGGAAAUCGUAAGCAGGUAAUUAGCAGCUGCUCAGUAAGAUGUAUAAUAUGGACAUAACGAUGUGUUUUUACUCUAUUUAAAUCUAGCGGAUCCACUUUUUAUUUUGUAUUAGCACUCUUCUGAUGUACUUUUAAGAUGAAUCAGAAAAUCAAUGGAAAAGUAUUUUUUUGACAUAUGUAGAAUAUUUUACAUUAUGAUGAUUUUCAAUUUGUUUAGUAGAAAUGGUAGUGAUAAAUAUUUCGCUCAUUGUUUCUUUUGUAAUUUUGUUCGACAGUAGGCAUUAACGUAUUAUAUCUUAAAUAAGUGUACUUUGUUUAAAGAAUUAUUUAUGUCGCUGCAAUUAAUUGCGUAUGUAUUUUAUUAUGGAAAUUAAUUGUAUUUCGAAGAAUAUCGUUAAGGUCUAAACAGUCACACCAAAAGAUUUGUAUGUACAAUAUCAUUAACGCACGCAUCUGUAUGACAGAGAUAUAUUUUAUAUGUAAUACACCUGUUGUUAUACAUAAA